AUCGAAAAUCAAAACCCUAACCCUAAUUUCAAAAUCUUGAAACCGCUAAAAUAUUUCAAAUUCAAUUCAACGAUGACAGUUUCAAAUUUAACGAAUUUUGGAGCGAAAAUAGAACCAGGAAAUUGGAUUCGGAAGCUCUGAGCUUCACGAGCUAACAUAGCUUUUUGCAGGAAUUUGAAGUUUUAUUUUCGGGUUGAUUAUUGUAGUAUUCAGCGGAACCAGAAAUUUUUUUCAAUCCGAGGUUAACUUCUAAUUCAUCUUUAAUUUUGGGGCAGCCUGGACUUAACAUCUAUCUAACUCAGGAGUAUGAAAUGUUAGAAAUCUAAUUGUCUUAACAAAAUGAGGAGAGGGUACUUGCUCAAGGAUCCUAUUGCUUUUGUAGGUUUAGUGGUUUCUAUUUGUUGCAUUGUGAUUAUAACGAUAUCGGUUCUUAAACUUCCCGAAGUAUCGGUAGUAAAUAGAGUAAUGACGUCGAAUCGGACGGUUAAAAGCAGUAAGGUUCCUAAGGAUGUAGUGAUAGGAAAGUUUGGUGAAAUGAUGAUUGAAAUGUUGCCUGGAGAUCUUGCCUUUACAGUCUUUAUCCCGUCGGAGAAAGCGUUUGAGCGUGAUUUGAGAUUACGUGUGAAUGAUAGUUUGUCUGCGGAGAAUAGGAAUGAUACAUAUGCGGUGGUUUCUCGAAUAAUGGGGUUUUCGGCUAUUCCUCGAACCCUUUUAUCUGCGAUGGUCUACUUAGAUAAAGAGGUGUCGUAUGAUUCAGUAUCCGGGUUUCCGUUAUACAUUUCCAAGGAUGAAGAUGGAAUGGUGGUAGUUAAUAGAAUUAGAUCGGAAAUAGUAGAUGUUAAGAGAGAGGAGGUUAUAGUAUAUAUUAUGGAUGGAGUAAUUAUGGAUGCUGAGUUUGAACAAUCGGUUGAACCUGAUGACAUUGAAGACUGAAGAAAAUCGACUGCAAUUAAUGCAUUACCUCUCGGAGAGAAGAUGGAAGUUGUUCCUUCUUUGUCUAUGCAUCGACAAAUUUGCCGCAACAUGUAGUCUAAGGAAAUAUACAAGUCUAAAAAUUGUAAUUUACCCAAGGCAUAUAUACAAAUACAAUGUAAUUUUUUUUUUUUGAGAAUAUAUAGAGCUUUAAAUGUUUUAUACUCCCAAG